AUGCCUCCCAAGUUCGACCCCAAUGAGGUGAAGAUCAUCCACCUGCGGACCACAGGUGGUGAGGUCGGUGCCCAAUCCGCUCUUGCCCCCAAGAUCGGUCCUCUCGGUCUCUCCCCCAAGAAGAUUGGUGAAGAUAUUGCCAAGGCUACUGGCGACUGGAAAGGCCUCCGCGUCACCGUGAAACUCACCAUCCAGAACAGACAGGCGCAAGUCUCCGUUGUUCCCUCUGCCUCUUCCCUGGUCAUCAAGGCCCUCAAGGAGCCACCCCGUGACCGCAAGAAGGAGAAGAACAUCAAGCACACCAAGUCCAUCCCUCUCGAUGAGAUCAUUGAGAUUGCCCGCGUCAUGCGCUCGCGCAGUUUGGCCAAGGAGCUGAAAGGAACUGUCCUUGAGAUCCUCGGAACUGCUUUCAGCGUUGGCUGCCAGGUUGACGGACGAAGCCCCAAGGACAUCAGUGACGAGGUCAAGGCUGGGGAGAUUGAUAGUAUGUGGUUUUCCUUCAUUUUGGGGUGUUUGAAAGUUUGCGUUUGGUUCUGUGCUAACGGAUAUGACAAUAGUUCCUUCGGAGUAGAUUAG